AUGGAAGAGUCGAGCGAUGCGGAGCUGCAAGAACCGGAAGCCAGCAGAGCUUCACCUCCCAAUGGAGAGUUUGCAAAGAUCUCGCGUUUUCCAAGGAAAUCACCAUUGCGCAGCUCGUUGUUGAAGCGUAGCGGCAGAAAUCGCUCACCGGCUACCAAAUUCGUUAGCUUCAGUACACAAACCCAUGAAAAGAAAAUCUGCAACGUAACAGACUGUAUCCAAAUGAUGCAAAAUGGCACGGAAUUGAUCAAGCUUCGGGCAAACAUUCGACAGUUUCGCCGGGUUUUUACGCUAGAUUCCGAUUUGUCACACAUACGCUGGACUCCGACAAACAAAAAACCACAUAAGGCUAAAAUAGCAGUUGACAGCAUAAAGGAAGUGCGAGUGGGAAGGACCACUGAACUGCUGCGUGCUAUGGAAAACUAUGCAACUGAGAUGCAGGAAGAGUGUGCCUUUUCGAUAAUUCACGGGGAUCAGUACGAAUGCCUUGAUCUGAUAGCGAAGACACCCGAGGAUGCGAAAAUCUGGAUAACAGGUCUAGUGUCCCUAACAUCAUCCAGUCGUGCUGGUAAGUCUCAGCAUUUGUGGCUGGAAUCAGUGUUUGAUGAAGCGGAUCCAGACAAGCUUGGCUGCAUUCUGGAGAAUCAGGCUGUGCAGCUUAUCAAACAGCUUAACUCUCGAAUUUUGCUCAGUAGGGUGAAACACAAAGUGAAGGAAGCAUGCAUUUUGAAUCCGGAAGAAUCGCAGCGCGGAAAAGUAACUCGUUCGCAAUUUGUGGAUAUCUACAGGGACGUUGCGACAAGACCGGAAAUAUAUUUCCUGAUGGUGCAAUAUGCCAAUAAGGACUACCUGAGUUGCAAAGAUCUUCAAGUAUUUCUGGAAACCGAACAAGGGGUUGUUCACUUUGAACUUCACCUAAAAUCUCAGUUUCCGAAAUAA